AUGCACGGCACUUCCGGGUGUCGCUGUGCGGAGGAGAGAGACGUCGUUGUGGGCGCAGCAGCAUCCACAGAUACAAAGAAGACGACGACAAUGGCCGAUAUAUCACUGUAUCUCACUAACGUGAAUGUGUCUAUAGGACAGACCAUGGAUGUGGAGCAGAGCCCUAACCCGUGUAAAGACUUUGAGAGAGUGGAGCUGGGAGAGCUAAACAAGAGAGAGGAGGAGGAGGAGAAGCAGAGGGAGAAGGUUCCUCGCAGGAUCAUUCAUUUCUCCAGCGGGGAGACCAUGGAAGAGUACAGCACUGAUGAGGAGGAGGGAGAGGACAAGGAGCCGGAAAGGAAAGACCUGCUGUCCUCUCCGGUCGAUGCGGUGAGGUCAAAGUUGACCUGGGGUCCAUACUUCUGGUUUCACAUGUGGAGAGCGGCCACAUCAACCAUCUCAGCCUGCGACUACCUGGGGGAGAGGAUGGCCUCCCUCUUUGGGAUUACAUCAGCCAAAUAUCAGUACGCUAUUGAUGAAUACUACAGGAUGAAGAAAGAGAGGGAGGAAGAGAAAGAAGAAAACCGCCUGUCGGAAGAAGCGGAGCAAUCCUUCGACCAGCUGCAGCAUCAGGAGGAUGAAGACAAACAGAUCACAGGGACCGACCGGCCUGAGGCGGCUGACCCCCACCCUGGUGUGACCUAUCAGAUAGAGAAUGAAAAUCAUUCACAUUCAAGCACCAUCACGGUCCCUGCUAUCGUCACGGCAACCUAACAACCCCUAGAGAUAUAGACGUUUUGUGCUUAAUUGUCUGUUUGUUGGUCUAAGCAGGUACACUGUCUUGUUUCACCGAGCACCGUUUGGUUUGUGUGUAGCUCAGCUGUAGACGGGCAGAGCUGCUCUAAUGUGGUUGUUUGGGCGAGGACUGUUAGGGGCCGGAAUUACUCCUCUGGACUGCUACGAGUCCUUUUGCAACAGAGUAGAAACUGAUGACGUAACUGCUGAAUAUGGAGAAGCACAGCUGCAUCUUCAAAAGAGUGAAAACAUACAAUCUGGGUCAGAAGAUGUUUUAUUAUGUGACCCUGGUAAGUCACAGGUAAGAGACACACCUCCAGGAGAAGUGCAAUGAAAACACGACCUGAUGACAUCACUGAGGCUUCACAGGGCCAACAUUUUGCACUUGUGCAUAGUAUUGUGUUCGGGACUGCAGCUUUCAAAUGUAGAGUGUUAUGACUAGUGCUACAAUGAAACAUUGAAUUAUGGACCAACAGAAAGCAAUUGCCAUAUGCUUUGAUGUUUAAUUAGAUUCAUAAGUAUGGUUUGAAGGUUUCAUUUUUAAAUGAGAAAGUUCAAUGUAAGGAAUUGCUUUUCUUUUGGUCGUUUUGUUAUUUCAAUUCUUGGGUUUUUAACUGUCGAUUCGACCAAAAAAGAAAAAAAAGCAAUUUCAUGCAUCGCUGAGCUCUGGGAAGGCGUGCGGAGCAUUUUUCACUACUCUCUGGCGUUUGAUUAAUCACAAAAUCAUUCAUACGAACACUUGAUAAUGAAAGUAAUCCUUAUUUCCUGCCCUAGUUAUGAAACAUUCUUGCAGAUUUUACAUCAUCAGUGGCUGCAGCAGCUGUCCAAACUUGAACAUCAAUGUGCAGUGAAGGUUAAAUGUUUCUCCCCUGUGCCUCUGACGUACCAGAUACUGUGCCCGAAUCAUCAAUAACAGCCAACAUACAGUAGACACACAUCUGGACAGAGAAGGCUUUUAAGAUGCAUCGAGUCCAAUCAGCUUUUCCAAACAUCUCAUGCAAGAACAACAGCCGUUCUGUCCAGAUCUGCCAAACGGGUGCAACCCUGGUACACCUUGCUGCACCAAAGAGCUGACCAUUAUUAACACUCCCUCUCCUCUUCAUUUUGUGUCUUAUGUGUGUUUCGUGUUAAUGUGUGUUAUGCUUGAAUUGCACUCAGUCUGUGUGGAAGCACUGAGCAGAUUUAACCUUAAGGCAUGAUGACAUCAUCUGUGGACGACGAGACUGUCGGAUGUGUUGUUAAAAGAGUAUUAAAACGGGUUAAGUUGUAUAUUUCUCCUCUGAUCUACUAUGCACUAAAGCAUAGUGGAUGACACCUUUAAUACUGGCAGGGAGCAUUGUUACACUAAGUCUGUAUAAAGGAAUGUAAACUAACUGUUUUUGAGUACCAUUUUUGAUAUGUAUGUAUUUAUUUUACUGGACUGACAAAGCACUUAAUUUUAGUUUUCUAUUCCUUUGUAAAGUAACACUGUAAUUACUGUUAAUAAAUUAUAGUUAUGUCUGACUUUUA